AUGCGUAGGCAGCUGAACGACAAGGCGAAGCACAUUGCUGGCAAGCUCAAUGACAUGCUGGCGACCGGUGUCUCGCUUCAGGCCCUCCUCACGGCCAUGCAGUACGUGCCAAGCCUCAUCAACCACCUCUACAUCCUGCCCCCAAGUCUGACGUCGGGCUUGUCCGAGGUCUUGAACCGUGCUUGCAUGGACACCUUUGUCAAAGCCUUUUUUGCCAAGGUAAACCUGUCUGCACCGGCUGGAGCUGAAGGUCAUGACGUUACGCUAGAACAGCUCCUUGAGGCUCGCCUCUUCACGCGGGCCAACACCGGGGGCUUUGGCCUGCACGACUUGGUUGAGCGCGGUCCGGUGGCUUAUGUCUGCAACAUGGCCAAGCUGGCCACUCACUACCCUCGGGUCUACGAUCGGCUCUUGGAGGAUGCAUCGAGGGCUGCCGACUUUGAGGUCCACGUGCAGCAAGCUGGCUUCCAGAUGGCCACGGUCAAGGACGCAGCGACUCAGCGACCAGCUGAGAUCAUUGCCCUCCGCUCCAAGGCGGCACUGGAUGACCUGAUGGCCAACACUGUCUUGACCAUGCGGGGUCGAGACAAGUUGCGUCGCUUGAGCGACACGACCUUUGCCAUUGCGGUCGUGUCCAUGAUGGGUUUUGGCCUCCAUGAACUCAUCAACGUCAAGCCGACGGACAAGUGCCCGCUCUGCAGCAACAAGACACCUCAGCCGCGACUGACCCGCGAGCACCUGCUGACCUGCCGUCCCAUCAAGCGUCACAACGCCCUUCGCGACGAGAUGGGCCGCCUGCUCAGGUACGCCACCCUCUCCCAUGUCUGGGUGGAAAAGUCUGGCUACAACGCCAACGGUCAGAGCUGCCGCAUCGACCUGCACUGCCGCAACCCCUUUCCCGGCGGUGCUCUGGGCCCAGCUCUGCCCGACCUGGGCAUUGACGUGACUGUGCGCACAGCCCAACCCCCGACCAUCUCGCAAGCCUGCAUCAAGGUGGGCGCUGCCCUUCGCCGAGCCGAAAAGGAGAAGCGCGACUACUACACCGGUUUCAACCAUGGAAAAACUCUGAUCGUCCCUGCGGCGAUGACGACAACCGGUGGGUUCGCCUCCUCCUUUGUGGAUCUGCUUGGUCAGCUCGCCCGCUGCGCCGAGGCCCGUGGUGUGUACCAGCCGGGGCUGGACGAGGCCUUUGUUCCUCGGUGGAAAAGUCGCUUUGCGGCGCUGGUCCAUCAGAUGAACGCUGACCACAUCCAGCGCCACUUUGGCGGUGUCUGCCUGCGCUCGUCUGAAAGUGAAACACACAAUACAGCGGGCGAACACAGUGAGAGUGAGCAAGAUGUUCUUCUCAGCGAUCCCGCUCCGCCCAUCGCUGCCAACGUGCUGGAUGCCCAGCGCAAGGUCCUGCUGAAGACAUCUGGCCACAGGCAACUCCUCGCCUGCCCAUUUGGGCUUUGCAAAUGCAAGGGGCCCCGCCUUGACCGCAAAGCUUGGGUCAAUCAUGUACUACGCGAGCACCCCUACGACGAGCAAGCCACUGAUCUGGUCAAGCAGGUGAUGGAGGCCAAAUUGGUCGCCCAGUGCAACAAGUGUCACCUCUUCUUCGAAGCUGCUGGUAUCAGUCAACACCGCUCCCGAUGUGGUGCCAAUCUGAAGCGAGCGACCGAGGCGUUGUUUCAUGCGGCUGGACACGACCUGCUUGAGAUUAUGCGUGGCGCUUGGCCCCAACAGUGUGUAGGGUCUCGCAUCAGUGUCUGCGAGCUGCUCAAGCUCGCCCGGCAUCCACUGAUGCAGCGCAGCCGCUACCCAUCCAACGCCACCGAGACCAAGCUGAUGGCUGCCACCUUGAGCCAGCUGUAUUGGUCUGCCGUCCACUCGGACUAUACCGCUGAAGAGCGAGAGAUGUGCUGNGCUUUGAUUUUGGCCUUGCCUAGCAUGUUGUUGUCUGCUCCCUCGACCGCACUGUCUACGAUUGACCUGCGCAAUAUGUUUCACGAUCGUCCUCAGGUUGCCUUGAACAAGAUCUUUCACCACAUUGCCAACAACACCGUGCCCGAGUCGAUUCGACAUGCCCUUUGCUCCAUCAACUACACUAUCCUGGAGAAAGCCAAUGGCAAGUUUCGACCUGUGGGCACGGAUUCCAUCUUCAACAAGGUUGUCAACCGCGCUCUGCUCGAGCAACAGCAGCCCCAUAUUGCCCACUUGCUACAGGCCAGUCCAGAGCUGGCCGUCGGAGUCAAGGACGGCAUUUCAGCAGCGGUUGGCAUGGCCUUUGGUGAGCUUCAAGCCUGUGAGUCUACCCCGGGCUGGACCAUGCUCUCCCUCGAUUUCAAGAGUGCCUUCAACUACACCGACCGAGCACGGCUACACGAGAUUGUGGCCGACAAGGUUCCUGGCCUCUUGCGCGCCUUUGAACGACACUAUGCUCGACCCACUACCCACUGCAUUGUCGACAAGUUCUUCAAGGUGAUUGACAUUGAUGUUGGCCAAGGCAUUGUGCAGGGCAACGAGCUAUCGCCCUUCUUCUUUGCCCUGUACUCCUGUGAGGUCCUGGGUCUCCUCGACGCCACCACUGACUACCGCUGCAAGGCCAUCAAAUACCUCGACGACAUUGUACUGAUGGGUCCCGCGGAGGACGUGGCGGCCGACGUGGAGAUUGUCAAGGCUCGUGCAGAGUCUGCUGGCCUCCAUCUGCAGCCCAGUAAGAGCCGCUUCUACAUGCCUCGCCACCAUCCCGCUUCCAUCACUGCUAUCAAGUCUGUCUUGCCAGAUGCCGUGCGCGAGACGGCCAACACGGGCAUGACGGUCUUGGGAACGCCGAUUGGCCAUCGCGAGUGGAUGAAGAAGCAGCUGAACGACAAGGCAAAGCACAUCUCUGGCAAGCUCAAUGACAUGCUGACGACCGGUGUCUCGCUUCAGGCCCUCCUCACGGCCAUGCAGUACGUGCCUAGCCUCAUCAACCACCUCUACACGCUGCCCCCAAGUCUCACGUCGGGCUUGUCCGAGCUCUUGAACCGUGCUUGCAAGGACACCUUUGUCAAAGCCUUUUUUGCCAAGGUAAACCUGUCUGCACCAGCUGGAGCCGAAGGUCAUGACGUUACGCUGGAACAGCUCCUGGAAGCUCGCAUCUUCACGCGGGCCAACACCGGGGGCUUUGGCCUGCACGACUUGGUUGAGCGCGGUCCGGUGGCUUAUGUCUGCAACAUGGCCAAGCUGGCCACUCGCUACCCUCGAGUUUACGAUCGACUCUUGGAGGAUGCAUCGAGGGCUGCCGACUUUGAGGUCCACGUGCAGCGAGCUGGCUUCCAGAUGGCCACGGUCAAGGACGCGGCGACCCAGCGACCAGCUGAGAUCAUUGCCCUCCGCUCCAAGGCGGCACUGGACGACCUGAUGGCCAAGUGUGCGCUGGACCUGCAGCAGGCAUAUCUGGCCUCACGCGAGUGGGGCUUGCGUCGCUUGAGCGACACGACCUUUGCCAUUGCGGUUGUGUCCAUGAUGGGUUUUGGCCUCCAUGAACUCAUCAACAUCAAGCCGACGGACAAGUGCCCGCUCUGCAGCAGCAAGACACCUCAGCCGCGACUGACCCGCGAGCACCUGCUGACCUGCCGUCCCAUCAAGCGACACAACGCCCUUCGCGACGAGAUGGGCCGCCUGCUCAGGUACGCCACCCUCUCCCAUGUCUGGGUGGAAAAGUCUGGCUACAACGCCAACGGUCAGAGCUGCCGCAUCGACCUGCACUGCCGCAACCCCUUUCCCGGCGGUGCUCUGGGCCCAGCUCUGCCCGACCUGGGCAUUGACGUGACUGUGCGCACAGCCCAACCCCCGACCACCUCGCAAGCCUGCAUCAAGGUGGGCGCUGCCCUUCGCCGAGCCGAAAAGGAGAAGCGCGAGUACUACACCGGUUUCAACCAUGGAAAAACUCUGAUCGUCCCUGCGGCGAUGACGACAACCGGUGGGUUCGCCUCCUCCUUUGUGGAUCUGCUUGGUCAGCUCGCCCGCUGCGCCGAGGCCCGUGGUGUGUACCAGCCGGGGCUGGAUGAGGCCUUUGUUCCUCGGUGGAAGGGUCGCUUUGCGGCGCUGGUCCAUCAGAUGAACGCUGACCACAUCCAGCGCCACUUUGGCGGUGUCUGCCUGCGCUCGUCGUAG